CAACGAUCAGGGCAAUAAAACAACACCUUCCUAUGUUGCUUUCACUGACAAACAAAGGUUGAUCGGUGAUGCUGCUAAGAACCAAGCUGCAAUGAACCCUGCCAACACUGUCUUUGAUGCUAAGAGAUGAUUGGCAGAAAAUUUAGUGACCCCAAUAUUCAGAAAGACAAACUUUUGUGGCCAUUCAAAGUCAUUUCCGGUGUUGAUGACCAACCAACAAUUGUUGUACAGCACAAGGGUCAAAAGAAACGCCUUCGUGCCGAGGAAGUCUCGGCUAUGAUUCUUACUAAGAUGCGCAAGAUUGCAGAGGCAUAUUUAGAGUCACCUGUGAAGAAUGCAGUUAUUACUGUACCUGCAUACUUCAAUGACUCUCAGCGCAAAGCCACCAGAGAUGCAGGCGCCAUUGCCGGCCUUAAUGUUAUGAGGAUAAUCAAUGAGCCUACUGCUGCAGCUAUUGCUUAUGGCCUUGACAAAAGAUCAAACUGUGUCGGGAAAAGGAACAUUUUUGUCUUUGACUUUGGUGGUGGUACAUUUGAUGUAUCACUGCUUACCAUCAAAGAUAAGGCCUUCCAAAUGAAGGCGACAGCUGGAAAUACUCAUCUGGGUGGAGUAGACUUUGACAACAGAUUGUUAAAUUACUUUAUGGAGGAGUUCAACAAGAAGAACAAUCUGGACAUAAGUGGGAAUUCAAGGGCCUUGAGGAGGUUGAGAAAUGCAAGUGAAAGGGCCAAAAGAGUACUUUCUUACAAUGUCGAUGCCUUCAUCCAAAUAGACGGUUUAUUUCAAGGCAUUGACUUCUGUUCAACAAUCACUCGAGCUAGGUUUGAGGAACUCAACAUGGAUCUCUUUAAAGAGUGCAUAGAUACUGUAAAUAAGUGUCUUACUGAUGCAGACAUGGACAAGAACUGUGUGGACGAUGUUGUCCUUGUUGGUGGCUCGUCUAGGAUUCCUAAAGUUCAGCAGCUAUUGCAGGAAUUCUUCGAGGGGAAGGAUCAAUGUAGGAGUAUCAACCCUGAUGAAGCUGUUGCGUUUGGAGCAGCAGUUCAAGCUGCUUUGUUAAGUGAAGGCUUUAAGAAUCUGCCAAAUUUGGUGCUGCAUGAUGUUACUCCGCUGUCACUUGGUAUAUCAAUUAAAGGAGAUCUGAUGGAUGUAGUGAUUCCUAGGAAUACUACUAUUCCUGUGAAGAAGAAACAAGGAUAUUUUACCUCAGAAGAUAAUCAAACUUUCAUAAAGUUUGAAGUUUUUGAGGGUGAGAGGACAAGAGCCACCAAUAACAACUUGUUGGGUUGGUUUAAUCUUUCAGGCAUACCUGAAGGUCCUAAAGGUCAUGGUGUAAUGGUAACCUUUGAUGUUGAUGCUGAUGGAAUCUUAAACGUAACUGCUGAAGAUGAAGCAACUGGCAACAGCAAUGAGAUUACAAUAAGCAAUGAUACGGGGCGAUUGUCGCGGAUGGAAAUUGCGAGAUUGAUUCAAGAAGCUAGAGAUUAUGAGGCUGAAGACAAAAAGUUUCUAGAGAAGGCUAGAGCAAGAAAUGAUUUGGACGAUUAUGUUUACAAAAUGGAAAAAGCUUUAAAAGCUGUCGACAAAAACAAGGGAAUGAUCACUGAUGCAAUUGUUAAAGCCAAGAGUUUGCUUGAUGGUGAUAAAGAUGAGCAUGAAAAAGAUGUGUUCGAGAAGAAACUGGAGGAACUUGAGAACAUUUUUUAGCCCACUAUGCCAAGUAUGGAAGAUUAACGAUUUACUGCUUGUUAAGCUCUUUUCGGAUGAAUAGUGCAGACUUAGCACUUUAAUUGAUAUGUGAUACAAGUUAUAUGUGAAAAAAUUAUCUUAAGUUAUAUUUUGAAUUGUUAAUUGCUUGUUAAGAUUUUGUCCUUGAAUUGUAUAUUGAGAGAGAUUGUGAUUGCCUCUUGCUGUCAGCAUUCGGCAAAGGUAUCGAAGCAGAGUAGGAGUGGUUUUUUUUGUUAGCAUGCAUUUGCUACAUCAUCAAAUAUCAGAAGUUCUAUGUUUGUUUA